AUGUCGGCUACUACUCGAAACAUUCGUCAUCAAACGUUGGAACAACAAAAGCAACUAUUGGAAAUGAAAAUGAGGCAGGUCAGACAAACUCCGCAAAUAAUAAAAGCAUCAGACAAUGUCAUGCCAAGUGCAAGAAUAAGGCCUAAAUCUGCUAGGCCACUGGAGAUGAAUUGUUAUGAUGGUCCAUUAACAUAUGCUAUGAUGAAUUGCAGUCCAGACUCCAGUGAUAUAUUAGGUGUAUCAAGACAUUCUAUUAAUCAUGAUGUUAUUGAAGAUAUGAGAAAAGAAGUAGCUGAAAUGACUGUUGACGAACGUAGAGUAUCUGAAGAUACUGAAGAUGAAGAAUCUUGCUCCAUUUCUCCAGUUAAAAAUUUAAGUUCAAUACACAUAAAAGAAAACAGCCCAUUUAUUUAUCCUUCUUCGACAGUUACUGAUACUAAUGAAUUGGAAGGAGAUGUAUAUGGAAAUUUAGAUACAUUUGUCCUGGAACCUGCCGCCCAAGGUGUUCAUUUUAAAUGUCGUAUAACUAGAGAUAAAAAAGGCAUGGAUCGAGGGUUAUAUCCUACUUAUUAUUUACAUUUAGACAAAGGAAAUGGAUCAAAAAUUUUUUUAUUGGCUGCUCGUAAACGCAAAAAAAGUAGAACAUCAAAUUAUCUAAUAUCAACAGAUCCAACUGAUUUGUCUAGAGGUGGUGAUUCAUUUGUUGGCAAACUUAGAUCAAACUUAAUUGGUACUCAGUUCACUGUCUAUGAUAAUGGUACAUCACCAUAUAAGUCAUCUGUUGAAGGAGUACAAGAACGACAAGAAUUAGCAGCUGUGGUAUAUGAAACAAAUGUGCUAGGAUUCAAAGGACCGCGUAAAAUGACUGUCGUAAUACCAGGUAUGAAUAAAAACCACCAAAGAGUUAAAGUCGCCACAACUGAUAACUAUAGUUCACUAUUAGAAUGCUAUCGCACUAAAAAUAUGGAUGACCUGAUAGAAUUGCAUAACAAAACACCACAGUGGAAUGAAGAAACCCAAUCAUAUGUUCUUAAUUUCCAUGGACGAGUCACACAGGCUUCAGUUAAAAACUUUCAAAUUGUUCACGAUAAUGAUGUUGAUUACAUUGUCCUGCAAUUUGGUCGAAUUUCAGAUGAUCUCUUUACAAUGGAUUACAGAUAUCCAUUGUGUGCAAUGCAAGCAUUUGCUAUCACUCUAAGUAGUUUUGAUAGCAAAUUAGCUUGUGAAUAACUAUAAUACAUUUUAUUUCAAUUUGAAAAUUCUAAAAGUCAUCUAAGUUUUGGCUUUAAAUCUCAUGCUUAAUGAUUUUAGUUAAUUUUAUUUCUUUUAUCUCCUUUCACCUACUUAUUUAUAUUUUUGCACCAAAAAUUUCAAUUUAUUCUAGUCUUU